UUUGUAAUACAUGGCGGAAUUGACGGCUUCUCGACAAUGAUUGUUUUUUUGAAUUGCAGCACCAAUAACCUGGCAAGUACGGUACUCGAUUGCUUUCUCCAAGCAGUUGAGAGUUUUGGUCUACCUUCAAGAGUACGGUCUGAUAAGGGUGGCGAGAAUGUAGACGUUGCACGUUACAUGUUGAGUCACCCGUUACGCGGACCUGAUAGAGGGAGCCAUAUUGCUGGGCGAAGCGUACAUAACCAAAGAAUAGAACGUCUUUGGAGAGACCUUUUUUGUGGAUGUCUUCAUGUAUACUACAACCUUUUCUAUGCAAUGGAACGUUCUGGAAUGCUUGACGCAUCAAAUGAGCUUCAUUUAUUUACCCUUCACUCUGUGUAUGUUCCAAGAAUUAACCAAACAAUGCAAUUAUUUGCCCAAGGGCAUAACAGGGCUCCCAUCUCUACAGAGAGGGGAAAGAGUCCUCUUCAACUGUGGAUCUCUGGUGCUGUCUCAGCUUCAAAUCGUGGAAUUGAUGAAUUCUGGAGUCAGGUGUGUUUUGAAAAGGGAAGGGUGGGGAGGGAGGGAUAAGGACUUUGCAAGAAUCUGUUAUAGUUUUGAUAUUCAUGCAAUGUUAUAGUGAUUUUCAGACUUGUUUCUCAUGUUAUCCAAUUUGUGGUCGACACAAGUGGAGAAGUACAACCUUUCAGCUUGUUUCCAAAAGUGCAGUCACAAUAAUAGCUCUUACAUGUAAAGUAGCUUGGAGAAUAAAUCUACCUGAGUAAUCUUCAUGAACAAUUUUCUUCCAAGAUUAUGAAGAAACAAUAACAGAUUAAUUGCAAUUUUUUUUAUUAACAAGAAGUACAUCGCAGUAAAUUGGUUCACAACAUGCGUGUGGCAUACAGCCAUCAUGAAAUGUGUUGUUUACAUGUUUUUCAGGGUGACUACUAUGGUGGUCACUGGGAUGGCCCUGCACCAGAUGUUAGCUUAGAUGAUGAAACUCCAGUUGAAGUUCCCAACACAACAAACCCACUGGAACCAGCUCAGUACUCAUCACUCACAAACUUAAUUAACUCUCUACGCAACAGUGAUGAAUAUGGAGUUGACAUCUACCUGGAGGUAAUAACAUUUUUUCAAGAAACAGCAACGAGCAGUUAA